AAAUGAAAUAUCCUUAGGUAUGGGGAUAUUUAGUGGUGGCGCUAAUUGUUUCGGUCACUGGUUUCGAUCAAAGGACCCAAACAGUCGUAACAGGAAGGAUGAUCGCCGACAGAUGCAUAUACACAUACUCCCAUUCAAGUUUUUAAAAAGGUUUCGUUCCAACAACUCCGAGCGGAUACACCCAGUCUCAGACAAUUAUGUUGAUGCCCUGCGACAAGAGGGCUUGCUAGUCCCCGGAUCAAGUGCUCACCCCGCCCUCAAUAUAUGUGUGGAGUUUCUGGAUGAUGAAUUACAGCACUACAGACGGUUGCGAUUUAAAUCGUACGGCAGAUCGAGAUGGGAUGACGUUUUUGCAACUUCUCGUGUCCGAAAAGUUGCCAUGGAUAUGGAUGUCAAUGAACCAAUCAUUGAUGAGCUGCCUGUCUCGCUGUGGCUGGACUGUGUGGAUCCCAUUCUUCCCGCUCUUGUCUCACUCAGUCAAAUGCAACGACGCAAAACAAACCUAACCAAAUCUAAGUCCUCCGCAACCCCGUUGCCAGAUCCAAACGAAUCACCCAGGGACCAUGGCGAUUUCGAUCUGGAGCCUUGGUUUCUUGGUGUGGGGCCUCCACUUGUUGACAACAUCGUGUUGUUUCUUCUGCCACCAACGGAAGAAGUCAGACCCACAAUGAUGAUUGAAAGUGGACACAUUGAGGAGAAGAUCCGGUGGUACGACCUCGUCACGGCACACAGAGGCAAACAGAACGUGAGAUCUAAAUGCACCAGAGUUUCAUCUCCGCUAGUGAUCUUCACAUCCAUGUAUCAAGCAGAAAGUGAGGACGACGAGGAGGCGGAUCCUGCGUCGGAGGAUGAGGGGCACUAUCACCUGAUCCGCGAUCUUUUUGACGAAUAACUCGUCAAUGUUUUUUUCUUAGUAAAAUCAAGAACAGUUUCCAACAUCAGGAAUAUUUUGUAAUUAAUUUGAUUUACCAGAUGGACUGGUAAUGAUAUUUUAGACAUAUUUUAGGCUAUUUAUUUAUUUUACCGUUCACCAAUGAACACGUUGUUAUGUAGAAAUAUUUUAUAUGUAUAUCAAGAACAAGACCUGGUAUACCGCUAGUAUAAUCAUAUACAAAAUAUGUUUUAUGUAAAAUAAACAAUUCAUAAAUUUA